CGGAGCUGCGGUGCUGAGACCCCCGGCCCGCCCCCCUCGGGCCCCUCCGGCCGCUCGGCCCGGCCCCACCAUGUUCUCCAGGAAGAAGCGAGAGCUCAUGAAAACCCCUUCCAUCUCAAAAAAGAACCGGGCGGGAAGCCCCUGCCCGCAGCCCGCGGGGGAACUGCCCAGGAGAGAUGGGGCUGACACAGUGUCCCUGGGGCCCAGCCUAGAACCACCGGGUGUGGCCUCGAACGCCAAGGCCAUGGGCACCCUGAAGAGGCCCACCAGCCUGAGCCGCCACGCCAGCGCCGCUGGCUUCCCGCUGUCUGGAGCCAGCACCUGGACACUGGGCCGCGGCCACCGCAGCCCCCUGUCCACGGCCAGCCCGGCCGACGGGCCCAUCCAGGGGCCCUGCCCUGACACCGUGGAGGACAUCUCCCACCUGCUGGCUGAUGUGGCCCGCUUUGCCGAGGGCCUUGAGAAGCUGAAGGAGUGUGUUCUGCGUGAGGACCUCCUCGAGGCCCGCCGGCCACUGGCCAAUGAAUUCCUGGGUGAGGCCCUCCGUGUGAUGCACCAGGUCAUCUCCAAGUACCCACUGCUGAACACUGUGGAGUCGCUCACGGCUGCCGGCACCCUCAUUGCCAAGGUCAAAGCCUUCCAUUACGAGUGCAGCAAUGAGUCGGACAAGCAGGAGUUUGAGAAGGCCUUGGAGACCAUUGCUGUCUCCUUCAGCAGCACUGUGUCUGAGUUCCUCAUGGGCGAAGUGGACAGCAGCAUCCUCCUGUCUGUGCCCCCCACGGACCCGGGCCAGUCCAUGGAGAACCUGUACGGACAGGGGAGCGAGGGCGCCCCCGGCAGCGGCGAGGACUGUGAUCCCGGCUGCCUGUCCCCGGAGGCGGUGGACACGCUGCUGCAGCGCUGCGAGGGGGGCGUGGACGCGGCGCUACAGUACGCCAAGAGCAUGGCCAAGUACAUGAAGGACCUCAUCGGCUACCUGGAGAAGCGGAGCGCGCUGGAGAUGGACUUCGCCAAAGGCCUGCAGAAGAUCGUGCAGAACUGCAGACAGAGCGUCACGCAGGAGCCGCACAUGCCCCUCCUGUCCAUCUACGCGCUGGCCAUGGAGCAGGACCUGGAGUUCGGCCACGGCCUGGUGCAGGCGGUGGGCACCCUGCAAACGCAGACCUUCAUGCAGCCCCUGAGCCUGCGGCGGCUCGAGCAUGAGAAGCGCAGGAAGGAGAUCAAGGAGUCCUGGCACCGGGCCCAGAGGAAGCUGCAAGAGGCAGAGUCCAAUCUGCGCAAGGCCAGGCAGGCCUAUGUGCAGCGCUGCGAGGACCACGACAAGGCCCGCUUCCUGGCGGCCAGAGCGGAGGAGGAGCAGGCGGGCGCUGGGCCCGGUGCGGGGGGCACGGCCUCCAAAACCCUGGACAAGCGGCGGCGCCUGGAGGAGGAGGCCAAGAACAAGGCGGAGGAAGCCAUGGCCACGUACCGCACGUGCGUGGCGGAUGCGAAGACCCAGAAGCAGGAGCUGGAGGACACCAAGGUGACAGCCCUCCGGCAGAUCCAGGAGGUCAUCCGGCAGAGCGACCAGACCAUCAAGUCGGCCACCAUCGCCUACUACCAGGGGAUGCACAUGCAGACGGCCCCGCUGCCCGUGCACUUCCACAUGCUGUGCGAGAGCAGCAAGCUGUACGACCCGGGCCAGCAGUACGCCUCCCACGUGCGCCAGCUGCAGCGUGGGGAGGAGCCCGACGUGCACUACGACUUCGAGCCCCACGUCUCUGCCAACGCCUGGUCCCCGGUCUUGCGUGCCCGGAAAAGCAGCUUCAACGUCAGCGAUGCCACGCUGGCAGAGGCCACGGGCAGCCCCCCGGAGGAACGUGGGCCCAGCGAGGGGGAGCUUGCCAAGGAGCGCAGGGGUGAGGGUCUGGCAGGAGCGGGCGGGGGUCCCUCUGCAGCCCCCCUGCAGCCCUUCACGGGGGACACCUCUUUCCCAGGUGGGCGCGGACACCAGGUGCACAAGUCGUGGCCCAUCGCCAUCUCCGACGCCGAGGCCGGUCUGGAUCCCAGCCCGGGCUCAGGGGACUUUAAGAAGUUCGAGCGCACGUCUUCCAGCGGCACCAUGUCGUCCAGCGAGGAGCUGGCUGACCAGGAGGGUGGCACAGGGGCGUCAGCCUUUGACCAGGCUGACCUCAACGGCAUGGCCCCGGAGCUACCUGUGGCCAUGCCCAGCGGGCCCUUCCGCCACGUGGGGCUGUCCAAGGCGGCCCGUACCCACCGGCUCAGGAAGCUCCGCACGCCGGCCAAGUGCCGAGAGUGCAACAGCUACGUGUACUUCCAGGGCGCGGAGUGCGAGGAGUGCUGCCUGGCCUGCCACAAGAAGUGCCUGGAGACCUUGGCCAUCCAGUGCGGCCACAAGAAGCUGCAGGGCCGCCUGCAGCUCUUCGGCCAGGACUUCGGCCAGGCCGCCCGCAGCACCCCCGACGGCGUGCCUUUCAUCAUCAAGAAGUGCGUCUUCGAGAUUGAGCAGCGGGCCCUGCGCACCAAGGGCAUCUACCGGGUCAAUGGGGUGAAGACGCGUGUGGAGAAGCUGUGCCAGGCCUUCGAGAACGGCAAGGAGCUGGUGGAGCUGUCGCAGGCCUCACCCCACGACAUCAGCAACGUCCUGAAACUCUACCUGCGCCAGCUGCCCGAGCCGCUCAUCUCCUUCCGCUUCUACCACGAGCUCGUGGGGCUGGCCAAGGACAGUCUGAAGGCGGAGGCCGAGGCCAAGGCGGCGUCCCGGGGCCGGCUGGACGCCACCGAGAAGGAGGCUGUGGCCGUGGCCAUGGCGGGCCGGCUGCGCGAGCUGCUGCGGGACCUGCCGCGGGAGAACUGCGCCACGCUGCGGUACCUGGUGCGGCACCUGCGCAGGAUCGUGGAGGUGGAGCAGGACAACAAGAUGACGCCGGGAAACCUGGGCAUCGUGUUCGGGCCCACGCUGCUGCGGCCGCGGCCCACGGAGGCCACCGUGUCCCUCUCCUCCCUGGUGGACUACCCCCACCAGGCCUGCGUCGUCGAGACCCUCAUCACCCACUACGGCCUGGUCUUUGAGGAGGAGCCCGAGGCGCCUGGGGGCCAGGAUGGGAUGUCCAGCCAGCGGGCCGAGGAGCCGUACCCGGAGGCCAGCGGGGGUGCAGCCUGCCCCCUGCCGGAGGAGGCUGAGGAUGGCGGCCUGGAACCCCACGUCGCCUCUAACGACUCUGACUCAGAACUGGAGGAGGCCUCGGACCUGCCGUCCCCGGCGGGCGCGGAGGGCCACCGGGACAGCCGCAGCGGCAGCGAGGAGCGGCUGGGCGGCGCCGCUGGGGAGGGGGAGGACGGGCCUGGGCCGGGGGUCUGGGAGGACCUCGGGGAGGAGCCGGCCCGGCGGCUCUCCGAGUACAACACCAACCAGUGCAACAACACGGCCCUGGCGCGGCUGCCGGCCGUGAGGCUUCGCGGUGGGCGGCUCGCGCGGGAUGCGGGCCAGGAGAGGAGGCCAGAGUUCGUGUAGCUGGGGUGGCGGGCAGGCCCGCUCUGGGCCCCUAUCCCUGCGGACGUGUCCCCGAGAGGCCUCACCUUCCGCCCACAGCAGCGAGGGCGUCACUGGCCACGUAUUCCAGAAGCUUCUGCCUGCGCUGCGCUCCCGCCAGGCCCCACUGCCCAGAGCUGGGGAUUCUGCUGGGAGUUGCCCUGGGCUGUGAUGGAGGGCCCUGCCGCCCUGGCGCCGCAUGGCGGCCACGGGGAGGGCCGGACGCCUCUGUGGAUGGCGGGCCGAGUGGCCUCGGGAUGCCCCAGCUCUUUCGGACAAGUGGGUCUGGAUGCCCAGGGCGGAGGGUGCAGGGAGGCCCCGUGAUGGAGCCCGCAGACAGGCACAUUCCUUUUGCAUAAAAUAAAGUC